AUGCCGCCCGGGACUCUCCAGAAAUCUUGGGACCCUCGUACUCUGUAUCUAUCUGAUGCCUCCCGCCUGGCUGCCGGUACCUCGGCUCUUCUGCAGAAGCAGUGGGUCUUCAUCUGUGGCAAGCUCUCUGACCCAGGGCAGCUUUUGAAGCUGGAAACCCAGCAGCCAGCCAAUCGAGGCUCCCCUUACAUUGGGAGCCUGGAUGUGCCGCGGCCAAACAGCCGAGUGGAGAUCGUGACAGCCAUGCGGCGGAUCAGGUACGAGUUUAAAGCCAAGAACAUCAAGAAGAAGAAAGUGAGUCUCAUUGUGUCAGUGGAUGGUGUGAAGGUCAUUCUGAAGAAGAAGAAGAAGAAAAAAGAAUGGGCCUGGGACGAGAACAAAAUGCUCGUCAUGCACGAUCCCAUCUACAGGAUAUUCUAUGUGUCGCACGACUCCCAGGACCUAAAGAUCUUCAGCUACAUUGCCAGGGAUGGGUCUAGCAAUGUCUUCAGGUGCAACGUCUUCAAAUCCAAGAAGAAGAGCCAAGCCAUGCGCAUUGUCCGGACUGUGGGGCAGGCAUUCGAGGUCUGCCACAAGCUGAGCCUGCAGCACACCCAGCAGAAUGCAGACGGGCAGGAGGAUGGAGACAGUGAGAGGAACGGGGAUGACCUGGACGUCCCAGCCUGCCGCCUCGCUGGUGUGGAGAGGGCAGCCGCCUCGGCAGAGGAGACGGACAUUGAUGCCGUGGAGCUGCCGCUGCCCGGAGCCGACAUCCUGGACUUCAGCCGCGGCGUGACCGACCUCGAUGCCGUGGGCAAGGAGGCAAGCGCCUAUGCCGAUGCCAAGGGCUGCCUCCACCCUGAAGAUAUCCUGACAGCGUCGCCCAAGAUGCUGCUGCCCUCGUCUGCCCAACUGCCUGACCUGGGAACACCCCUCUCUGCCCACCACCAAAUGCAGCUUCUCCAGCAGCUCCUGCAGCAGCAGCAGCAGCAGACACAAGUGGCUGUGGCACAGGUCCACUUGCUGAAGGACCAGCUGGCCGCGGAGGCGGCGGCGCGGCUGGAGGCCCAGGCUCGUGUGCACCAGCUCCUGCUCCAGAACAAGGACUUGCUGCAGCACAUCUCGCUCCUGGUCAAACAGGUGCAGGAGCUGGAGCUGAAGCUGGCGGGGAACACCACUACAGGCUCCCAGGACAGUCUGCUGGAGAUCACAUUCCGCUCCAACGUCCUCCCUGUCCUCUGCGACCCGACCACCCCGCAGCCCGAGGACACCCACCCGCCACCACUGGGCCCCAGCUCAGGCUUCCCCAGCGCCCUGGGCAGCCCCAUAGGUAGGAACGACUGUCUGGUGAAGCUGGAGUGUUACCGCUUUCUGCCGGACUCGGGGCCGCCCGCCCCAGAGCCGGCGCUGGGCAGCCUGGAGCUCAUCAAGUUCCGCGAGUCGGGCAUUGCCUCCGAGUACGAGUCCAACACGGACGAGAGCGAGGAGCGUGACUCCUGGUCCCAGGAGGAACCGCCGCACCUGCUCCACGUCCAGCCCAGGCAGGACCUGGGUGACAGCCUGGAGGAUGAGAUCGCGGCCCUCACUGUGCCGCAGGAGGCUGAGCGGUGCCGCGGCCAUGCCCAGGAGCCCUCCCGCCCCGCCGGCAGCCAGCACCUCCGCAACCUGGGCAAGGCCGUGGGGGCGAAGGUGAACGACCUCCUGCGCCGCAAGGAGCCGGCCGGCCUCCCCAGCGUGGGGGUGAUGGAGGUGAACGCCAGCGCCGGGGCCAUGCUGGGCACAGGACAGCCAGCCAGCGAGGACGGGGCUGUGGGGCUGGACACCUUCCCCCGGCUGGACCCCCCGCCCCCUGUCACCAAGAAGCGGACGCCACGUGCCCUGAAGACCCCGCAGGACAUGCUCAUUGCGCCGCAGCCGGGAGGGACCAGCCCAAGGAGCAGCACGGAGGAGCCCCCCGAACUGCCCGCAGCCCACCCCGACCCCACAGAGGAGUGGCCAGGGACCAGGGACCCAUCCCCUCCAGAAUGCCCUGGGGUCCCCAGCAUGACUGGCACCCCAGAGCCGAGUGGGGAGCAGCCCACCACUGCCCUCCCCGUGCCCGACCUCAUCCAUAAGGGCAGCCUGGAGAGCCAGUGGCGAGCGGGCGAGAGGGCUACUGAGACCUCAGCCUGCACAGAGAAGCCCUCCCGGAGACCAGGGCUGGAGCACGAGCCGCCGGGGAGCACAGGGAGGCCAGAGCCAUGCACCCCUGGCCGGGAGGUGGAGGGGCCUCAUCCCGACCUGCUGUCCUUCGAGUAG